AUGGAAACAGGGUCAAUGUCUGAUCUUGCAACAAUGGAUGAAGAAAAAGUUCGGAAAGAUUUAUUGUUUAUUCACAAGGUUAAAAUCAAACAAGAACAAAAGAUAAAGGAGAAAAGAAAGAAAAAGAGUGCAAGAGACAGUGUUGACAAUGAUGAAGAGUCUGAAGAAAAGCCUACCACAUUUUUGAAAAAGAAAAAAACUGGAGCAAAAGAACAAGGAUGGGAGGAGAAAAGAGCAUCUGGUUAUCAUGGCUGGAGCCAAAUAAAAAGAGACUUCCGAGGAAAAUCAUACAGAAGAGGAACAUCGAGAGGUGGAUUUAGAGGAAGGGUCAAAGGACUGACUGGAGAAAAAAUUCAGGGAAGUGGUGGAGGAGGAUUUAGAGGGGGAUCUCGUGAACGUGGUGGGGGAGGAUUUAGAGGAGGAAGUCGUGAACGUGGUGGAGAAGGAUUUAGAGGAGCAAGUCGUGAACAUGGUAGGGGAGGAUUUAGAGGAGCAAGUCGUGGACGUGGUGGAGGAGGAUUUAGAGGAGGAAGUUGUGAACGUGGUAGGGAGGAUUUAGAGGAGCAAGUCAUGGACGUGGUGGAGAAGGAUUUAGAGGAGCAAGUCGUGAACAUGGUAGGGGAGGAUUUAGAGGAGCAAGUCGUGGACGUGGUGGAGGAGGAUUUAGAGGAGCAAGUCGUGGACGUGGUGGAGGAGGAUUUAGAGGAGCAAGUCGUGGACGUGGUGGAGGAGGAUUUAGAGGAGGAAGUCGUGGACGUGGUGGAGGAGGAUUUAGAGGAGCAAGUCGUGGACGUGGUGGAGGAGGAUUUAGAGGAGGAAGUCGUGGACAUGGUGGAGGAGGAUUUAGAGGAGGAAGUCGUGGACGUGGUGGAAUAG